CUGCAUUCAAUAAAAAUGGUGUGGAAGAUCAUCAGGCCCCUGCAAGUAUGCAAAUUUCUCUUGGUGGUCUUAUCUUUGCCACAGGGGAGGACAAGUUCUGUUUUAACAGUGAAUGGUAAAACUGAGAACUAUGUUCUGGACACCCGCCCUGGUACCCAAGCCUCUCUGGAAUGUGCUGUUCAAAACCACACCAAAGAGGAAGAACUUCUCUGGUACAGAGGAGACGGAAGAGUAGAUUUGAAAACCGGAAACAAAAUCAACACCAGUUCUGUCUGCGUCUCUCCCGUCAACGAGAGCGAUGACGGAGUCCGCUUUACCUGCAAGCUGCAGAGCGAUGGGAAGGUGUCCGUCUCAGUGGUGCUAAACGUCACUUUUCCUCCUAUUCUAAGCGGAAACGGCCUCCAAACUGCGGAAGAAGGCAGCGACGCACGGCUGGUUUGCAACGUGAAAUCCAACCCUCAAGCGCACAUGAUGUGGCAUAAAGACAGCAGCGCCUUCUUUCUAGAGAAAGACCGUCACCAAAUCCAACAGACGAGGGACGCUUUCCAGCUGUCAAUCACCAGAGUCAAGAAAUCUGACAAUGGAACCUACAGCUGUGUUGCUAGCUCCUCUCUGAACGUGAGGACCAUGGACUUCCACUUGGUUGUCAUAGACAAAGUUCCUGUCGUACCGGUGGAGCCAAUCAUUGCUGCUUCUGUUGUGGUCAUCCUGACAGUGGGUUUCGGACUGCUUGCUAGGAGGAAAAGAAUAAUGAAGCUCUGCAUGAAAAACAAUGACCAGAGUACAGAAACAGCUCUGUAA